AUGUCGGCCGGCGGGGGGCUGCUGGCGCUGGCGCUGAGCGCGGCCGCCGUGGGGCUGCUGCUGCUGCACCGCCGGCUGUGGCCGCACGUGUGGGCCGAGCUGGCCUUCCUGCUCCGCUCCUGGCGGGAUCUUUUCGAGGCUGUGGAACCCAUCCUCCCCGACUUGGAGGAGAUGAGCAUCGCGGUCUGGGUGCUGGGGAAGGGGCCCUACCCUCCCGGGGUGACCGGUCUCGAUGACUUGCUGGAGAAGGCUUCUGAUGAGCCAGUGCCCGACGAUCUCUCCACCCCCAGAGACCUCUCGGACACCUGCCUGUACAUCUUCACCUCUGGGACCACAGGACUCCCGAAGGCUGCUCGCAUCAGCCACAUGAAAUGCAUCUUGUGCUUGAGGUUCUAUCACCUGGUAGGUGGGACCAGCUCCGACAUCAUCUAUGUCGCCCUGCCCCUCUACCACUUGGCGGGGGCCCUCCUGGGGAUCCUUGGCACCUUUGGCUUGGGUGCCACCUGCGUGCUGAAGAAGAAAUUCUCGGCCAGUCAGUUUUGGCCCGACUGCCGGCACUACGGCGUGACCGUCUUCCAGUACAUCGGAGAGCUUUGCCGCUACCUGGUGAAACAGCCUCAGAGUCCCCAGGACCGGGAGCACAGCUUACGGAUGGCGGUCGGGAGCGGACUGCGGGCAGACGUCUGGCGCGAGUUCCUCCGCCGCUUUGGGGACCUGCGCAUUGUGGAGACGUACGGCAUGACGGAGGGCAGCGUGAGCUUCUUCAACGUCACAGGGACCGUAGGCGCUGUGGGGCGGGCCUCUUGGCUCUAUAAGCGUUUGUUCCCAUUCGAGUUGCUUUGUUACGAUGUCCUCCAGGGCAUUCCAGUAAGAGACAAGGCCGGUCGGUGCCAGCGCGUGGAAACUGGGGAACCAGGGCUUCUGGUCGCACCUGUGACCCCCAUGACGCCGUUCCAGGGGUACGCCGGAGGGCGUGAGCUGACGGAAGCCAAACUCCUCCGCAACGUUUUUGCCGACGGCGAUUCCUUCUUCAACACCGGCGACCUGAUGUUACGGGACUCUCGUGGCUUCAUCUACUUCUGGGACCGCACCGGAGACACUUUCAGGUGGAAGGGUGAGAACGUUGCCACGACGGAAGUGGGUGAGACCCUGGCUACCCUGGAGAGCUUUCAGGACGUCACCGUCUACGGCGUUACCGUUCCAGGUCACGAAGGUCGGGCGGGCAUGGCCACAGUGGUGCUGAGGCCCGGACGGGAGUUCAACGGGGCCGAGGUCUACGUGCACGUGACCGAGUUGUUGCCACCCUUCGCUCGGCCCCGCUUUCUGCGAAUUCAGGACCACCUGGAGAUGACGGAAACCUUCAAGCAGAAGAAGGUCCGCUUAGCGGCCGAAGGAUUCGACCCGACACGGAUCGCAGAGCCGAUCUACUUCUUGGAUGAGGCCGCCAAGGUGUAUACGCCACUGACCUUGCCCACCUGGAAGGGAAUCGUCGCGGGCGACAUCCGGUUGUAACGUGCCCGGCCUUGCCGAUACACCGAGCCCAGCGGGGACUCGCGUCCCAGCAUGCCAUGCUCCGAGGCGGAGGGAUCCGUGCAUGCUGGGAAGGUGUGGCCUCCCCCUGGCUCCGACAGCCUCAAAGGGCCGCCGCGUGCCUCUCUUUCUCCCAACACUUUCUGCCUCAGGGCGCCUGGAUUCUGCUAGGCGUUCUUCCCGAUUCGUGUCCAGGGUGGUCUUACUUUGGGAGGGGGCCGUGGCUCAGUGGUGUAGAGCAUCUUCUUGGCGUGCAGAAGGUCCCAGGUCCAGUCCCCUGGCAUGUCCAGCUGAAAGGAUCAAGUAUCAGGUGAUGUUAAAGACCUGAGACGCUGCCAGUGUCCGUAGACAAUGCUGAUCUUGAUAGACUGAUGGUCUGAUUCAGGGGUCAUUUCGUAAAAAAAGAGG